GUUUUGAGUGUAUGUAUGUGUGUCUGCGUGUGUGUUCUUUACCACACGAGUUUACUGCAGUUCCGAAUUCUCACAACCACCGCCAGAAUGGCAGCUGCAGCCCCGAACCCAGACGACUCUAGCCGGGGUAGUAGCGGUAGCAGCACGCCCAGCGUCAUUGUCGGGGACGGGGACACGGAAGAGGGCGAGGAUUUCACCUCCUCCUCCCACUGCACAGAGCUGUCUCGGCGGCAGAACGAACAGAGGAAGCAGGGAUUGUUCUGUGACGUGACGCUGGCCUUCAGCAGUGGGGUGGCAACCGGGAAUGUUCAGAGCUGUGAGUUUUCUGCUCACCGUUCUGUACUGGCCGCGGCUACGGACUAUUUCACCCCGUUGCUGGGAGGGCAGUUCUCCGAGUCGCUGUCGGGUCGGGUUGAGAUGAAGGAAUGGAGCGCUGAAUUGGGACCAGACCCGGAGACGGUGGAGAGCGUCAUUCAGUACAUGUACACGGGAGAAAUACGUGUGAGCACCUGCAAUGUGCAUGAAGUGUUGGAGCUUGCGGACAGGUUUGUUUUCAAUUUACAUUAGUGUUCCUUUAAUGUGCAUAAUCCAUUUAAUCGCCACUUGCUAGUACUUGAAUAUUUUGUAUGUAGUUCAGUGAUAUAAUAUUGUUGUUUUGGCUUACUGGAGGUGCCACUGAAGUAUAUUGGUAAGGGUUAAGGUUAGGUAGGGCUUGAGGUUAGCGUUUAGGAUCGGAACGUCCCAUAGAUCCCAGAUAGCACUGACCAUCCUGUAACCUGUCAAACCUGAACUUGAGUGUAGUGAGUUCAUGGGUGUCAUGUUUAUUUUUUUCCUGUUCUGUUAUUGAUUGUGUGUUUGGCUGCAGGUUCCUGCUGUUGCAUCUGAAGGACUUCUGUGGGGAGUUCUUGAAGAAGAAGCUGAGCCUGGCCAACUGUGUGGCCGUGCACAGCCUAGCCCACAUGUACACCCUGGACCAGCUGGCUCUGCGGGCCGCAGACAUGAUCCGACGCAAUUUCCACAAGGUCAUCCAGGAUGAGGAGUUCUACACCCUGCCCUUCCACCUGGUGAGGGACUGGCUGUCUGACGCAGAGAUCACCGUGGACGCGGAAGAGGUGUUGUUUGAGGCUGUGGUGAAGUGGGUCCAGAGGAACACAGAACAGCGGGGGAGGUACUUUGAGGAGUUGUUCCGUAUCCUCCGGCUACCCCAGAUUAAGCCCACCUAUCUGACGCGCGUGGUGAAGAAUGAGGCACUGGUGGCGGCCAACGAGGCCUGUCUCCGUCUGGUGUCCGAUGCCGUGGAGGGCCACGCCAUCCGCUGUGAGAACCUCAAGUCAGCUGACCUGGAGUUCUGGUCGUCCUACAUGGCCUCCUUCCAGCCGCGCUUUGGCCAGAACAUGGACGUGAUCAUGGUGGUGGGCGGGGUGUCAGAGGGCGGUGACUACCUGAGUGAAUGUGUGGGCUACUUCAUCUACGAAGACCGCUGGGUCAACCUGCCCCACAUCCACAACCACCUGGAUGGCCACGCCAUCGCCACCACAGAGUCCCACGUCUACGUAGCGGGCUCCAUGGAACCAGGCUUCGCCAAGACCGUGGAGCGCUACAAUCCCAACCGCAACACCUGGGAACAGGUGAGCAACCUGACCACACGUAAACACUCCUUUGGUCUCACCUGUAUCAAAGACAUCCUGUAUAGCAUCGGUGGCCACGGCAACUUCAGCCCGGGCUUCAAGGACGUGAGCGUGUACGAGCCUGAGCCGGACAAGUGGCACAACCUGGAGUCAGCGCCCAAGAUCCUGCGGGACGUGAAGGCGGUGAGUGUGGAGGACCGUUAUGUAUACGUGAUGGCGCGCACGCCGGUGGACACGGACAACGAGGACGGGCUGAAGACGGUCACCACGCGUUACGACACAGAGAGCCGUCAGUGGCAGGACGUGGACUCCCUGCCGCUCAUAGACAACUACUGUGUGUUCCAGAUGGCCGUGGCCUCCACCAACUUCUACCACACAGCCUCCUGCUGCCCUAAGAGCUACACGGUGCGGGACGAAGACGCCAAGCAGAAGAUCAGCGCCCACAUCUCAGACGAGAUCCUGGAGAGCCUGCCGCCCGAGGUCACCAGCAUCGAGGGCGCCGCCAUCUGCCACUUCGACGAGGACGUGUUUGUGAUCGGCGGCUGGAAGAAUAGCGACGACGUGGACAAGCAGUACCGGAAAGAGGCCUACCGCUACUGUGCCGAGAGGAAGCGCUGGAUGUUGCUGCCGCCCAUGCCCCAGCCACGCUGCCGCGCCACCGCCUGCCACGUACGCAUCCCCUACCGCUUCCUGUACGGCUGCCAGCGCUACCCUAUGCCCCAGAACCUGGCCCGCCAGCGGGACCGCAUGCAGCAGAUGCAGCAGCUCCACCGGCGCACCCUCACCCUGCGCAGGCAGCUGCAGUCUCAGAUCGAGUGCUGAACUAACUCAACCCCUGUAUGUCCAUCACAACUACCCCAGAGGGGGAGCAGCCUGGCCCGGCCCAACUCCAAACCCCAAACAUCCCCUGGCAGCCAUCGUCAUCAGCCCCCACCCAUAACCUGCUGUAGCAGUGGCUCCUAUGUUGCUCUCAUGUUGGUUCUUUUUUUAAGUGAACUCUGUGCCAGAUCAUCAGGUUGAGACUAUGGUGUUAGUAGUGACUACGGUGUUCAAGGCUGGGAGAUGUGGGAGUGAUGUGACCCUGUGCUGGCCAGGUGUUUGUCUAUGUGGAGAGGACAGGCCGAAUGUUACAAAUGUGAAUAGAGUGUUGUACAGUGACCAACAUCCGACUACACCACGUUUGUACGUCAGACACAAGGGAUGUUUUAUCUUUUUGUACGUACAUAUAGUAUAUAGUUGUAUAUGUAUACUUAUUAUAUAUAAAUAUUUUAUGUCCCCCUUCUUUUAUGCUUUUAUGGAAAAUGUAUGCACUCACU